GAAAAAUCACUAAAAAAACACUAUUCAGAUUCAGUGUGGUAUUAAAACACAUUGGUGGCUGACCAACUCUAGAGAGAGAAAAACUUUUUUGAAUUUUUUUUUCUACAUUUUAUCGGAACACAAUUUGUUUUUUGUUCGAUUAAAUUUUGUGUGAAAUUUUGUCGUAGCAUCAGUUGAUAAGUGCUUGAUAAGUACGAACACUAAGUGCGUCCAAGAAACUUCGAAUUUUUAAAUUAAAAGAGAAAAAUGUUCGACCUAAUCAAAAUUGUGCUAAGUGCAACCGUUGCCUUUUUUCUGUUCAAUUCAUUCGCUCAAGGAGCACCGUCGAUCAACGAUGGUCAGACCGUGCAUAAUGAUGAAAUCGUUUCGACUGUUAUCGAUAUGAACAAUUUCAAUACGUCAGCGAUUUUCAAUCAGUUCAAUAUUAGCAGGGAAGAUGUUGAGCGACGAUUGAAUCGAAUAAAUGAAUCCGAUGCUGAUGAAGAUGACGGGUCUAGGCGGCAAUUCAUCGAAAUCUUUAAACAAAAGAUCAUGUCAUCAGUAGACAGACAAAACAAUGGCACGCAUGACUUAGCUGACGAUCAGUCGUCAAAUACCAUUCACAAUGUGGCCUUCUAUCCUGUUUGUUCUAUGAACAAUGAAACGUCAUGGCUGGCAGAUAAUACAGCGAAAUUAUAUUUUUCAACGCAUUUAUUGGCCAAAUUGGAGCCGAACACUUAUUUGCACAAUGCGAAAUUAAGGCUAAAGCAAAAGGAUCCGGAUCAUUCCGAACGAACAACGCCGACACGUUGCGAUGAACCAGUUGAAAUAAUUCGGGUUACCGUAUCCGUAUUCGUGAAACGUAGCAUCAAAGGAGAAAUGAAAUCAAAGAAACGAGUCUGCACCAGCUUCACCACACCGAAAAACAAUAACGGUUGGAUCGAGAUCGAUGUUCGCCAGGUGAUUCGUCAUUGGGAGAAGGCGUACCGCGCCAAUACCAGCAGUCGUGGCGGUCAAACCAUAAAUGAUCCGGUGCUUACCAUUGAUGUGGAAGAUCAGGAUCAGAAUCCGUUGAAAGCGGGACUGUACUUCGAACCAACAGAUUGUCAGCAACAGCAGCAAUCCCAUGGAGUUUCUAUCGGGACGAUGACAUUCGGAAUAGUGAUGGACAUAGCUCGUUGCCCAACAAUCCACGAUUAGAUAUCAGAUACAGCCGAAGUGAAACAAAUGAACCCAUACCGAUCCAUCGUCACACCCAUAGCCAUCAUCAUCGUCAUCAGCAUCGCAAAAAUUUGAAUCGAUUCGACAACAGCAAUUAUCAGCGUAUCGGCGCUGAUGGUUUCGUUGCCGACGAACCGGAACGCAGAAACUUUCAAUAUGUAUCGGAACAACAGUUACAGCAUCGACAACGUCAUUCGCAAAAUAGAGAACAGCAUCGGCAUCACAAUAACGACGAACUGGCUGAAUGAUAAUUUUUACGGUUUUUUUUUGGUUUUUAUUCCAUUUCGUUUAGUUUUCAUUUCUCUUUUUCUUCUUCGGUUUUUUCGUUUUCUAAUUUUUUUUUCGUUAGUAAGAAACAAUUCCAUUUUCCUGAGCGUUAAGUUAUAAGAGAAAACGGGGAAAGAAUCGUAAGUGUAAGUUUUAGCAGAAAUUAAUGUUUCGGUGUGACUAUGAUGCACCGUUUUAGUGUAGACGAAUACACUGUUAGAUUUAUGAUGAGGCGAGAGGAGGGGGGAGUUUCCACUUAAGUUUUUUUUUAUGUUUUACUAAGAGUGAGUCAGAGAGACGAGUGAAAAUUAUUUUGAAUUUUUUUAUUAAUCGGUAAAUGUAUUAAAAGUGAACUAAAUAAAUGUGACGAAUUUAAUGACAAUCACGAAUUAUCGCGCAAUCAAAUGCGACUUUCGUUCCGCCUUACGAUCUCUCUCAAAAUAUAUUUUUGGUGGCCCUACUGCAUGUAUAAAUGUAUAAAAGCAAACAACCCUUCGGUCCACAACGGCCAGUCCGAUGCUGCUUAUGACAGCUCCGAGAAAAUGGAAGUUUUGCCCCUGGGUUAGUUAUUGACAGAGAAUGGCAUACAAAAUGGAGGCAAUCCCAUCUGUCAUUCUCAUGACAUCUGUUAUCUCUGUGAAGCACAGACAUCUCUCUGUUCCUAAUAUCCCGAGACCGUAAUCGGAAAUGAUUUCAAAUUAAUUGAGCCGCGGAAAAUGCCUGCAAGCCUUUCUCGCAUCAAAAAUGUGCUAAAUGUUUGAAAAUUCGCGCCACUGGAGCUUAACAGAAUCCUUUUUCGACACCUGAUGUGCACAAUAUUUUAGCAGGACUUUCAACAGUCUGCCGCUUUUCUAGAAGUUUUCUUUGGUUCUCUUAAUUAUCUCCGAAAGAUUUCGGAACGCUGAAAGUUCCGAUUAACCGAUUAACAUCAAACGUACCACGGGAAAGACAAAGAAUGAGGGCGCACCUUCAUAUAUCAGAAAUUGUACCACUAGCUUAGGAUCAUAGCUUAGGCUACAUGUCAACUUUAGGUUUAACCUGACUUUAGAUCAAUAUCACUGAAUCAAGCACUAGAAGAGAUUUUUUAACGGAAAUUUUGAGUACUCUCUGUUCUCGUGCUUGGCUUAGUGCUAUGCUCCAGGUCCAAGCAAGUCCGAUGUCAAAUGAACUUCAAAUUUUAUACAUAGGUUUCGUACCGUGACCUUUACCCGGACUGAAACAUGGGUUUGCAAUCGACUCAAUAUUUUAAGAAAUUUUCCCACGAAAACUGUCGGGGAAACGUCUGUUCGCAUACGUAAUUGAAGCAAUUUUUCCGAAAUAAAAUUUUCAAUAAACACGAGAUGAAUUCAGCCUACGCGCUGCAAACCAAGAACCAGAACAGAAUUUAAACAAGGGGCCUGCUGGAGUGCUGGACGCAGUACUCAGAAUUUCUCAUAUAAAUUGAGGCGUUAAUAUUGGUUCAAUAAUACCACUGUUCUCCGACUUUCUUUACAAAAUAAGGAGCAUUUAGACGAAUGUGUUCUGGUGCUUGGUUUCCAGAGCGUUGAAUCGGUGGAUAACUACUUUGUGUUAAUGGAGCGACAUUUUCAAUUGACGAGAGAUCAAUUUUUUACUGGAAAAUGACGGCACGCCUGUUCGACAAUAAUGACGUCAAUAUUUUUCAGUGCUGCCAGCAAAUUUAAAUCAACAACUCACCAAAUAUUGAUGUUAUGAAGUCAAAUGUGUGUUCUACCCCCUAAUCAUUGGAUAGGACACACAUCGGACUGCAUAGAACAAAGUUUUGUCGAAUUAUCAAUGGUUUAAAUUUACUGGUAGCACUGAAAAAUGUUGACGUGAUUAUUGCAUGAUCCUAAAGUGACGUCAUUUUUUCAGAGAUAACAAUCUCUUGUGCAUGGAAAACAUGGGCCCGUGAGCACAUAAUUUAGACGCAAAAAAGGAAAGUGUUUCUCUCUGACCAUUCGAUCGAUUUGUAAAUAAAAUUUUGUAAAUAUUUUGAACAAUUAUUUAUUUUUAUGGUUUUUUUGCAACUAUUUUGGUUUUUAGUUUCUAGUUUUAGAAUUUAUAUUUUACACAAAUAUAAUUUAAGGAUGAGCAAUCUAUUGUCAAAUAACUUGAAGAUGCGUAUGCAGUUGUUCCUAUACACAAGCGUGAAAGAAUUUGUCAUUUUCGUUUUAAAUCUUUUUAAUUAUAUUUGUCUGUCUAUAGAAACAAAAUAAUUUUGCUUGUUAGGUAGGCAAACAUGUGCCACAUUCGCCAGCAGUUUGGAGCAAAAAUUAUUUUCGAUUGACAAAGUUUCGUUGCUAACAUUUUUUCGCUUCGUCAAAAUAAUAAACACCGAAAGUCACGACGAAGCGUUGAGAAUUUCGUUAAGUGUCAAAAGUGACAUAAGAACAAUAAAUUUGAUCGAAACAGAUUCUCCGUCUGUUUUCAGCAUACUGUCGAUACACCAGUGCGUCCAUCAAAAUUCUCUUCGUUAUUGUUUCGUUAAGAAAUCAAAGAACAAAGUAAAUUUUGGGCGAAACACGUUUUCGAUGCCCGAGCUUAAUUGAAUUUCAAUCGACUCCUCUAUUUUAUAAGGUUCUUUUGUGAAAAGUGAACGAAGAUGCAAGAAAAAAAAAACUUUCCCUUCGUUAAGACGUCGUGUUUAUUAGAGGAAUUAUUCGUCAACAUUCAAUUUUUGACAGUUUUAACAAUACUACCCUUGUCGUAGAUUUGGGUAGACGAGUAAGAUGGAUAGUUAACUUUGACUGUUGUCACUUAACAAAAAACACGCGACCUGAAUCUCGAUCUUAAAAAUAUUGAAAUUUCACCGAACGAAAAUUAUCUCAUCGAGCGGGACGAGGAUUUUCGAAACCCAGCCCGAAUUAAAUUUUCGAAACCCGAAACCCGAUGAAGCUGAUACUUGACCCAAUCCGAAUUACAUUUUUGAAACCGGAGAACCCAAAAGCCCAAUAAAUAUAAAUCGGGUCGGCUUCGGACCGGGUCUUUUUUACCUGGUAGCCCGCUCAUCUCUACGUAGAAAUCUUAUUUUUCAUACGCACGUGCUGUUUUUGCCUUGUUUUUUCCGCUUAAAAGGCCUUUAGAAAAUUGCGUAUUCUUGACAACUGGUCGAAUGAAAUUUCUAGUGAGAAAACUGCAGCACUUCCUCUCGCGUGUGGAGAAAAUAGAACUUUUCUCAUUCGAACUGCCACUUUGUUUAUGUUUUCGAAAAUGUUGUGGCGAAUCCGGGCGAAUCGAUGUUUCCGAACGGAUUUUUUUUAUUCAUUGUAAUAAUUGGAUUACGUGGUUCUUGUGAAAUAUUAUUUAUUUUAUAAUUCCGAGCUUUCGGAAACAAACAGUUUCCUUCAUCAGGGACUAAAAUUGAAUGUUUUACGGUGCGGUGGUAUACAGCAUUUCAUUAUCGUCAGUAUAUGCAAAAACUUCCUUAUUCAUAAUAUCGAAUAGCACCGAGACCUCUGUCCUGAUGAUUCAAAUUACGUGAAAUAAAUUUCCGGUUUUUCAACCACAGGAUUCCAAUGCUCCUCCACUCCAGACAUUUUACAAUUAUUUCCGACCGACAAAUGUGGCACAUCGUCGCACUUAAUUAUUUAUUUGCCUUUUAUUUCAACUAACGAUUUAAACAAUAUAAAAUGAACAGAAAAUGACAAGCGCUCCCCCGUUUCUGGCAUGUAUGUCUUAUGAACCGAAGUACAAAUCCAGAAUUUUUUUGAAUUCAAAAUUUUUGUUGCUCUGCUGAUAGCAACAUUCAUUUUCACGCGCAAUUUCUAUUAUAUUCGCCACUCUAAUUUUGUAGUUUUGUGUACGAGUUAAGAUUUAAAUUUAAGGAAAAAUUUUCUUUUUGUCUUGGAAUUUGAUUUUCUUUUCGUUUUUUUUUUAAUGGAUCAGAAUCAUCUUAUUUAAGUUAAUGUUUACAUGUUCCUUAUAUACUAGUUUUUAUGACGAGACAAAAUGUAAUAGGUCGCUGUAAGUGUAAGUUUUAGAGAAUAAAUUUGGUAAAU